GCGCGACUAUUUAAUUAAUCAGUCAGUAAUGUUGUAACCUUCGGAAAGACUAUACUCAUUAGAAUUAGGUUUAUGGCACUUCCGGAGAAGUCUGCUCUGCCAGCAUCAACCCUCGUAGCACUUCCGUGAACCGGAAAAGAUGGAAAGCAACUGACUAUAUCGCCUCCGUAGAUUCAUAGCAACAUGACUGACAGACGAAAGAGGAAGAGGUCGGGACAGGCCAUAGGUGAUCAGAAACGGCAGAAGAUUUCCCAGAAUAGUCUUCCAGUUGUCAAAGAUGCGUUGCUCACCAAGUACUAUCCUCAAGUCUUAUCCUUGAGAGAAUAUCUUCUGUCCAAGCUCCCAGUUUCGUCCAGGGUCCGAAGAAGGAAAAUCCUAUCUCUUGGGAGAAAAGAAGACAGUAAUAAGACCGAGCAAGAGCUUACCCGUUGCCUUGACCAAACUCUGGUUGGGGUGUCAAGAUUUAAAGAAGUAUCCCAAGAUGACAGGUGGAAACAAUGGACGACAUUUUCGCAGAAGCCGGAUGAUUCUGUAUCAUUUGCAAAUACCAGCGGGGUUGGGACAUAUUCACAGUCUGAGAUUGUGGACUUCGCUAUCUGGCUACUCUUCUCGAAAUCUUCCAAUGGGAAAGUGCAACAUCUGCUAUGCCAAGGUUUUCGAAAAGAUGUUAUGCAUCGGAAUAUCCAUCAGGGAGGAAAUGCUGGAUCUUCAAUUCCCGGCGUCACUUCAACAUACCCGAACAGUCAUGUGACCGAGAUGAAAGCAAGGCCAUGGCCUCAAAUAUUAUUGCUGAUGGGCAAGGAGGGGGAGAGGGCAAUGAUCGAUUUGAUCCUGGACUGUGGGAUCUAUCUGGCUGUAGAGAGUGGUCAUGGCACUUUUAAUCAAUUGAGUGGAAUACCACUUGCAGACCUGCCACUCCUACCGAAAACUGGCGUCAUUCCUUUGAAAUCAAAGAAAGCAGUUACAUUACGUAGUCCUUCCAGUAUCAACUUUGUUCGAAACCGAAUGCUGUAUGCCAAAGCUGCAUUGAACGCCAAACGAGAAGUCAGCUUCGGAUUAAGGCACAUUCGUAAGUCUUCUGCCUCCGCCUACUGGAUUUGCUUAUAUCCCUAGAUGUUCUCAAUCGAUAUCCUCUCCCCAAAAGGGCAACAGAGGAUAAAUCUAGACACCCUCACACAAUUCAAGUCAUGAUGUACAUUUUCCCCCGCCAGUUUGGACUUCACAAUGUCUUCACAAGCGACGUGGACCCAAAGCAGACAGUACAGCCAUUCAAAGAUUAUACCCUGAGAGAAGACGAGAUAAAAGCGAAGUUUCACGCAAAAGAACCCAAAAUUCCCAAACGUUUGCGAGGGAAAGGAGCAGAUUUGGUUCGCAAACUUCAGAUUCGCCACAAUCGAUGUGCAUACAAGCUGCUGCUGGAGCAUUAUUGUCCAAUCCUUGAAACCCCAUUUCGCCUGCCUGAUGUUGAGUCCACUGCCGGAUCAUCAAGCAAGUUCAAGACACAGAUGUCAGUUAUGAGCGAAGCGGACCCAACUGGCAAGACUCCAGAUUUGGCGGCUAUGCCUUCCAAAAAGCCAACCAUGAUGAGCCAUGCUACACCUGCAGCCCAAGUGUCCGCUUUUUGCCGUGCAGUCCUCUCGCACCUGAUUCCUUCGGAAUUUUGGGGCUCGGGAGAGAGUGCUAGAGAGAACGAAAAAGUCUUCCAUCAGAACAUCAACAAAUUCAUCGAGCUGCGUAGAUUCGAGACAAUGUCCUUGCACCAAGCGACACAAGGAUUGAAGAUAACCGAUAUCGCAUGGCUUGCCCCUGGCAUCAAAGGCAAAACCUCGCAGUCCGACAUUUCCAAGCGAUGGGAGAUAUUCCACGAAUUUCUCUACUAUAUCUUCGAUUCUGUCUUGAUACCGCUAAUUCGAUCCAACUUUCACGUCACUGAAUCCAACAUUCAUCGAUACCGUCUAUUCUAUUUCCGCCAUGAUGUCUGGAGAACUUUGGCUGACCCUGCGCUUGCAUCGUUGAAAGUCACAAUGUUUGAGGAGAUCAAGCUAGAAAAGGCUCAGAAGCUACUGGAGUCACGAGAACUGGGCUUCAGUCAGGUCAGACUUUUGCCAAAGGAGACUGGUGUAAGGCCAAUCAUGAAUCUUCGACGAAGAGCUUUGAAGAAGGUCCACCACUCUACAAUGCUAGGACGGAGUAUCAACUCGGUCCUGGCACCCGUUUACAACAUUUUGAGCCUCGAGAAGACAACCAACCCUUCCCUUCUAGGCUCAACGCUAUUUUCAGUUGGCGAUCUCUACCACAAACUCGGCAGCUUCAAGGCCAGCCUCCCUAAAGCCCACUCCCCCCUCUACUUUGCCAAACUCGACGUUCGCUCCGCAUUCGACACUAUACCUCAAUCCGCUAUACUUAAACUCAUCCGCGCCUUUCCCUCCGAGUCCAGCUACCGAAUAUCCAAAUACACAACACUGAAACCAGGGGACAACCAUAUCUCCGACACGACCGCAAAGCCCAUCCGCAAAUGGACUUCAUUAGCGCAUUUCCCCGAUGAUUUCGAUACCUUCUCUGAAAGCCUCUCAUCCGGCCUCGCAGAAGGCAAGAAAAACACCGUCUUCACAUCCAACGUUGUCUCCCGAUUCUACGACCGAGACGAGAUCCUCAAUUUGCUAGACGAGCACAUCAAACGCAACAUGGUGAAAAUCGGAAAGAAGUUCUACCGGCAGAAAGAAGGCAUUCCGCAAGGCUCAGUCCUGUCUUCUCUACUCUGCAAUUACUUCUAUGCUGAUCUCGAGGCUACGCAUCUCGACUUCUUGGAUUCAAACGAGAGUUUGCUGCUGAGAUUAAUUGAUGAUUUUCUUCUCAUCACAACCAAUCGUUCGCAUGCAAAGAGGUUCUUGGAAGUCAUGCAUGAGGGACUGCCAGAGUAUGGCGUUACAGUCAAUCCGGAUAAGACGCUGGUGAAUUUCGAAGCUGCAGUGAGAGGGAGGAAAGUACCACGAUUACUUGGGGAUGGGGGGUUUCCAUAUUGUGGAUCUUUUGUUGAUACAAAGACGCUGGAUGUUAGGAGGGAUCGGGAGAGGAGGAAGGAUAUGGCGGUGCAGGAUUCCCUGACGGUGGAAUUCUCGCGCGUCCCGGGAAAGGCAUUCGGAAAGAAAGUGCUAAGUAAGUCAACCUUCUCCUUUAAAUUUCAUUCCUUCAAUUCUUGUCCCCCAAUCUAUUGUUCUGGCAUUGUCAUUCCCUUCUUUCGUCCUCGCGCGCAUAUCCGUACAAUGUCGUCGCAAAAGUUCCGCGCCCAAUCUGCAGAACACCAACACUCGCUUCACUCUUGGCGGCCCAUCCACAGGCCCUGCCAACUCAACCCAACUUCAAUUCUUCUUCUGCGGUCAAACAGCCUAAGAAAAAUCGAUAUAUGUAUCAAAAGAAAGCUGUUUCUGCCACAUACGACCAUAGACUGAGGAAAACUGGGCAUCCCGUCCGCUCUGCCAUACAUAAGCCUCAGAUCGGCAGAUUAGUAGUUGGG